CGCUGCUCAGAAUCUCCCUUCGCGAUGCGCCCUCUGAUGCGGACUGCAUUCUUCAUCGUUCUCACUUUGUUUCUUGUUAGAGGGGCAGUCUCCGUGGAUGACGGCCACAGCCACCUCAGUAGCUUUUCCUGGGAUAACUGUGAUGAUGGGAAAGACCCCGCAGUCAUCAAAAGCCUAACACUGGAACCUGAUCCCAUUGUCAUUCCUGGCAAUGUGACCAUCAGUGCUGAGGGCAAGACCAACGAAUUGCUCAGUUCUCCUCAGAAAUUGAAAUUAACUUUGGAGAAGAAAGUGGCAGGCAUCUGGAUCAAGAUCCCCUGUGUGCAACAAGUCGGCAGCUGCACCUAUGACAUCUGUCAUGUGCUUGACAGUUUCGUUCUCCCUGGGAAGCCCUGCCCACAGCUACUAGAAACAAAUGGGAUUCCGUGCCAUUGCCCCAUCGCAGAAGGCACCUAUUCAUUACCAAGUAGUACUUUCACAUUGCCUGCACUGGUGCUGCCCAACUGGCUCGUCUCUGGGACCUAUUACAUCGAGGGCGUCCUGAGCAAUGGCGAGCAGCGUUUGGCUUGUGUCAAGAUCUCGGUCUCUGUAACGGGCAAGUAA